GCGUCAGCUAGCCGUCAUUCGUGGUGCUAUACUGCGUGCUCUUGACAGCGCAAUCGGCCUCUGAAAAAAACCAGCGAUAUUAUUUUGUUAGAAAGAUAAUUCCACAACGUUUAAAACAAGUGUAUUGUGAACAUAAUAUAAAAUGCAGCAAUUAACCAUAUUCAUGGACAUAGAGAGUUCUCGGUCAUAUAUCGACGAGUUGUACUCCACUGAUGGCGGGAAGAUCGUCGAAGCGCUGGUGACGUUGAAGAACACAGUGAUCGGGAGUAAUCGGCAGAAGAGUUCUGUGAUCCAGCAAGGAAUCGUGCCGCGCUUAUUGCAGCUCAUGGCGGAUGAGUCCCUGGAUCCAAACAUACGAGUGGAGGCUACAAUCACUAUCGGUUCUCUAGCGAAAGGCACAGCAGAGAAUGUAGCAGCAUUAGUUGAGCAAGGCACGGCAACAGUACUGGUGGAGUUAUUGAAAACUGUCCCUGUGGACUCGAAGCUUGCCGAGGCAGUGCUAUGUGCCCUGAGAAGUGUGUUCCUUUACCCACCUGCGCCAGUGGCAGCCUUGCCGGCGGAUAUGAUGCUUUUGACGAGGUUGACACAGAUAGCCCGCGAGGGCUCAGACCUCGCUCGCGGCUGCGUGGUGCGCGUGCUCUCUCUGUGGUGCACGGGCACCGCGGAGCAGGAAGCUCUGUGCGCCGCCGGCGCGUGCGGCGCCGCGGCGGCCUUGUUACACUCCGCUCCACCGAGAGCGUUACCGGCACUUGAUCUACUCGCUGCUAUGUGCUUUGAGAACGCCAGUGUUUCACAGCAAGCCAUCAAUACUAGGUAUAACGAUCGAGCAAUACCAGAGCUCCUCACAUACCUCGUAUCCAGAGAUAAGCCUUUACCGGUGGCCAUGGGCGCUGCCCGCUGUCUCACCUACAUGCACAGGGCGGGUGCGCUCAGCGCCGACGACAGUAGAGUUGUGUUCGGAGCACUGCCCUGUCUCGCGCGUCUCUGCACAAAGGAAAUGCCGGAAGAGAUCAGGGCCACGGCGGCGGAAACAUUAGCAUAUCUAGCAGAAGUAGACACGUCAUUACAAAGGCUAGCAGCCAUAUCAAACCACCUAAUGAGCUCUCUAGCGGACAUCGUAAACUGUAACAGCGCUGCGGCCAAACAGGGCGCUUUUAAAUGCUUCGCUUCCCUCGGUGCAAAUGAUGAAGAUAUUAGGAAGAGGAUUAUUGAAACACAUGGGCUUAUGGUCCAUGUAGUCAAUGGGAUGAACAAUCCGGAACCUGCGGUGCGGCUAGCGGCAGUAAGAUGCUUACACUCACUCUCAAGAUCUGUUCAGCAACUACGGACAACAUUUCAGGACCACGCAGUGUGGAGACCUCUAAUGCAAUUGCUGAGUGACUCGCCCGGAACCGAACUCCUGACCGUCGGUUCGUCCACUCUUUGCAAUUUGCUGUUAGAGUUCUCACCUGCCAAGGAGCCUAUGUUAGAUCAAGGUGCUGUAGAAAUGUUGUGCAACUUGACGAAAAGGCCGGAAGCUGCUUUAAGACUGAAUGGUAUUUGGGCAUUAAUGAAUAUGGCUUUCCAGGCGGAGCAAAAAGUCAAGCAACGCAUCUUAUCCUGCCUCGGCACGGAGCAAAUGUUCAGACUAUUAAGCGAUGCGGACACACGGGUUAUAAUGAAGACGCUGGGCUUGCUACGGAAUCUGUUGUCCACAAGGCAACACAUUGACGCUAUCAUGAGCGAGUAUUCCUCGCAGGUUAUGCAGGCGGUGAUAGUAGUACUGGAAGGCUCGUACCCUGCUGAAGUAAAAGAGCAAGCGUUGUGUAUACUUGGAAAUAUCGGCGACGGCGAGAAAGCUAAGGAUCUUAUCAUGGCCAACGAGGAUGUACUGAGGAAACUCGUUGACUACCUGGCGCACCCCGAGAGCAAGCUGCAAGAGGCGGCGCUGUUCGUGGCCGGCAACCUCGUGUGGCGCGGAGAAGAGGGUGCGGCGGCGCGACAAGCGCGGCUCGCGUCGCUCGGCGUGCUGCGCGCGCUGCAGCUGCUGCGCCAGCGCCGCGACCACCAGCUGCACGACAAAGUGAAGACGGCCCUGGCUCAGUUCAGCGAUUUCACAUAAUACCGCCGCAGCCCGAGGCGCAAGCGACCGCGACGCGAGUAACUCGAGUCUCUCGAGUCCCGUCUCGAGUCUCGAGUCUCAAGCCGCGAGUCCCGCGCCCGAGGUCCACAUGUGAUAGUCCACGGACAGUGAGUUUUCCAGUCAUACAGUAAUUUAGUUUUCAACGUUAACGUAAGCCAAAGUAACGACGCUAAAGUAAAUUUCGUUGACGGCCUGUUCCUAUCUCUAUCGCACGCGCAUAAUUAUUAUUACUGUCCCGGUCGCACAGUGGCAUCAUGGGCAGGACAGGAAUAUAAAUACCCGCUUGCGACAAAGAUAGGAACAGGCGGGUUCUUCGUGGUUAGCGUCCUUACAUUUAGGACUAAGGUUUAUUGUACAUAGCUAAGUUCGCUUAAUUGUUAUCUCGUCUUAUGAAACGUUAUUGAUUAUUUAUUUUUAUUAUAAAGUUGACAUUAAAUGUCUACUCGAACUAGAUUCGAUAGGAGCAUUGCCGAGGUGUUGAAAAAUUUAAUUAAAUUUAUUGACUUCAAAACUAAUUGGUAAUAAAUAUCACAUAUUUCACCGGUUUUUUAAACCGCGUGAAAUAUUGAAUACUAUCACGUGUCCAAAAUACACGCUUUGAAAAUUUUACUAAAUUAAAUUUUUCAUAUUUUAAACUUAAAGGUUGUUUUCAACGACAGAGGUGCUAAACCCUCGUGUACUUCAGGCUGGGGUGUACAAUGAAUUGUCAGUAAAAAUAAAAUAACAUCAGUAAAUAAAACCGGACAAGUGCGAGUCGGACUCUCCCACCAAGGGGCACUUUUUAGUAUUUUUUGUUAUAGCAGGGACCGGACAACCCUUUCCGCGAUAAAACCCUUUCAAUGGGCGACACUUAAACACGGCUAACACAUUGAAAGACUUUCCCUUUUGAACUGCAAGCCCAUUCAUACUCUUACCUUUGACUAACCCUUACCGAAAAGCUAACCAAAAAUAAGGCUAGCUCUUAAUAAGGGCUACCCUUAUCUUUAAGCGCUUUUUAUAAAGGUUUCCCUUUGCGUGAAAGAGACAGGAUUAGUAUAUAUCUACGGUAGUGUAUGAAAAGGAAAGAAAAUACGUGCCUAGUCAAAGAACACCGCCGUCACCGCCGACGAUCGCUCGGAUUCGAAGUAAUGUGUGCUUUAUGAACAAGGUAGACGACUUAAAUUAGCACGCUUAUAUGCUAAAAGGGAAGCCCUUUAUAAGGCUAACCCUUAUAAGCAAUAUGCAAGGUGUUGGUAAGCGGAUGAUAAGGGUUUUGUAAAGGGUAUUUGGGCUACCGAUUACUCAAAUGUGGUAGCUUUAUAUAAGGGUUUUUAAAAGCAAAACAAAGGGUUUCGUCUGGCAAAGGGUAUGGUGAGUUAAGCCUUAUGCAAUACCCUUAUAAAACCGCGAUAAGGGAUAGCGGGCCGGUCCCUAGCAGCAACAGAAAAACAACAUCUGUGAGUUCAUGAGAUACAGCCUGGUGAGAGACGGACAGACAGAUGGACGGAUAGCGGAGUCUUAGUAAUAGGGUCCCGUUUUUACCCUUUGGGUAUGGAACCCUCGGUGGGUAAGUCCGACUCGCACUUGUCCGGUUUUUGUCUUUGCUGGCUUGUAAUUUUAACUGGCAUUUCUUUGGCCCUGGCUUUACAUUUAGUGAAGUAAAGCGUAGUCAAACUACAGUAGUGUAAUUUUUUAUCAACUUAGGUAUUGUUGGCUAUUGGAUAAUGCGAGUGACUGUAUUUUGGGUAGCUUUUGUAUACGACUCUACUUGCUAAGCUUUUGUAGGCGUAUGACAUCCUUCAAGAAUGUAUAAAAAAUUAGAGUAGGUUUGUGUCGGUCAUGAACUAAGAACUGUUAAGAGUCCCCGGCCAGCUCGGUUCUCCAUACAAACGUAGUUACGGUCUCGAAUUUAAGUUUUUCAUACAAAACUUGUUUUUGCUCUAUUUCGUUUGUUUUAAAUACUAGAGCUAUAUAAACUAAUUACAGACCUAAUUAUACCUCAUGUUAUUGUUUGUGCAAAGUUUUAUGACAAUCCAACACGUAGUUUUAAAAUGAGAACGAAACUCCGUUCGUAUGGUGAAAUUCAGCCGAGUUUGCCGGGGACUCCUAAGAAUGAAUCCCGUGAAGGACCGAAAGGAACUAAAUCUUUUUGCGCGCUCCUAAUCGGUCUUUAGGUCCUUUAGUUCAGUGGGAUUGGAGAGCGCUUGACUAAGUGAAACAGAAAAAGGACGGAACGAAACGGUUCAUAAUGUCGCUAGCACAAGUGCGAACGAGAGAAAAACGACGUGACACGCCAAAGUAUGAAGGAAAAUCAAAUAUUAUUUAUAUAUAUUUAGUUAACAAAGAUUGGAAAAAAAUCGAGUGUAAAACGUGUAAAACCGAUUCUUAUUUAUUCCCGGCUCUCAACAAAUUCAACAACCGAACUGAACUAAAGGAACUAAAAGAUCGAACUAGUUCGUUUGACCGAUUGACCGAGAGCGGAGCGCUCUCUGUAGUGACCGAGCAGGCACAAGCCUAAAUUAGAGCGAAAUGUACAAAAAUAUACGGUGACAAUUGCAUGAAUGACCAAUUGUGAGCCAGGAUAAUUGAUAAUAAUUCGCAACUUUAAGGAAAUAUAGUAAGGCAGGGAUAAAAUGUCGUCUAUAAAAGACUGUUUUAAAGGGCAUUCGAGCCACUUCAAUCUUAAAAACACCUAAUUUCAGAAAUUCGGAGCAAGUUUAAUGUGUCUUUCUAUUAGCGGAUCUUUUAGCCCCGCCCUACCUUAUCAUUAAUUGAUAUUAAUAAUAAUGGCCUCUUAAUAAUACUCUAUGUUACCAAACAUUGUAUAAAUAUAUGUUUAUUUACGCUACAAGUUGGUUUAAAAGCUCAGUUCAACACAUUUUAUAGUAUGCUUAAUGGUUCGCGUCUUUCCUGUAGACAUCGCAAAGUUAAGGGAAUUUAAAGCUAGUUUUUACGCUGCACCCUUACAGGCGGGAUACAUUUUUUUCAGUACUUGAGACUCGAAUAAGAAAAACAAGAUAAGUACCAGAGCCGUUAACUUUUGUUGUGUUGUCCACAGAAGUGACCUUUUUCUAAAAUGUGUUUGACCCUCAAAUACUAUGACUAAAAGAGUAUUUGCAAAAUCAACUUGAGUUGACUGACUGACAUUAACUAAAAUAAACAUGCUGUUAUAGUCGGACUAAGCUAACUGUUAUGCAAUUACUGAAGUAGAUAUUUAUAUGACUAUACUAAAAAAAAAGUGACCAAGCCUUCCAGUGGCGGAGGCCGGAUUCGAACCAGCGUCUCCUCUCUCCAGCUUACGCGGCUAACGCCCUGGACUUCUAGACUACUCGGCCACGGCGGUACCCGUUCCAAUUUCUCGAGUAUAUGAUCUCUUUGAUAUAGGUCUCUUUGACCAAAUCUACGUCCGAGCAGUACGUGCUUGCACCUCUUUGCGAAUACCUUACGGGAUUAGAGUUUUGAAUGAUUCACGGUUAGUUUCACUAGACUUAUAUUGACCGGGAUAUAGACCGUGAUUACCUUUUGUAAUAAAAGGA